AUGUCCGGUUUGCUAGGAUACUGCAACAUAUUCUACCGUUAUGGCUUGAUGAGGAUCACAGGUUAUAGGUAUUGUGGGGGGAGGGCGAGGUUGAUAACCUGUUGGCAAACUGAUGCUGCGGUAGCACCUUUCCUGCUGGCUGCCUUGUACUACGAAGAAGCGUAUGCUGCACUGGUUAUCCCUCCAUUGCAGAACCACUUUGAAAGAUCAUGGUUGUCUCACGUCCAGUUGAAGGCUGCUCAAUUCAAUGCAGAAGCUUGCUAUCGGUAUGCUAUUGAAUUGCAUGACAAGAUGGAAAUUGGCGAGGAGAUAGCUCGAUUGCAGUUUGGGAUUAAUGCAGUUGUUGAUGCCAAGAGAACUGCCAGGGGAGCCCCCGCUUCCCUUUAUGAUUCUGUUUCCAGGCUAGAACAAGAUAUGAACCAGAACUUGGAGAAGGCAGUGAAUGAGAACAACCGCAUCUAUCUUAUGAGAGUUCCAGCAGCCAAGUUGUUAUCUCCCUUGCCAUCAGCUUCACUUGUCCGGUCUGCUUCCAAGAGUGAGGUCUUGGAUGCAAAAGCAGAAACUGGCCUUCAGUCCUCAUAA